AUGUUCAGCCAAGUGACUAUUUUUGCCCUCCUCUCCUUUUGGGCCUCUGCUGCCUUAGCUUAUAACGCUGACUCCAAAGACAACGUCGUUCUCUACUGGGGUCAGGCUUCUGCUGGAUCCCAGGAAAGACUCUCUUAUUACUGUGAGUCUGAUGCUGCCGAUAUAAUUGUUCUUUCAUUUAUGACCGAAUUUUCUUCGGCUGAUACCCUUCCUGUUCUGAACUUUGCCAGUGCGUGUUCAAGCACUUUCUCGGACGGUUUGCUUGAUUGUGAUGAGAUUGCGUCUGAUAUCCAGACCUGUCAAGAUGCAGGUAAGCUGGUUCUUCUGUCUCUCGGUGGUGCCAGUGGCAGUUACGGAUUUGCCUCAGAUUCUGAUGCUGAAGGCUUUGCUGGUACUCUCUGGAACAUGUUUGGUGGUGGAUCUGCCGAUGAACGUCCCUUUGGAACUUCCGUUCUCGAUGGUUUCGACUUUGACAUCGAAAACAACGACUCCACCGGAUAUGCUGCUCUUGCUAAAAAACUGAGAAAAUACUACGCCGAAGACACCUCCAAGUCCUACUAUAUCUCUGCUGCACCACAGUGUGUCUAUCCAGAUGCUAGCGUUGGUGAUCUUUUGGAAAACGCCGACGUGGACUUUGCAUUUGUGCAAUUUUACAACAACUACUGUAACUUGGACGAAUCGUUCAACUGGGACACCUGGGCUGACUAUGCUGUCAAUACCUCUCCAAACAGCGAUAUCAAGCUCUUUAUUGGUUUGCCAGCCAGUUCUUCCGCUGCCGGUUCCGGAUACGUUGAUGCCUCCACUGUCAAGUCCACUGUCAAGGAUUUGACUUCUACCGACAACUUGGGAGGAAUUAUGCUUUGGGAUGCUUCUCAGGCUUUUUCCAACACUGGAAGUGACGGAGACAAUUUCGCUGUUGAGAUGAAGAGUGUGCUGAACGAUGUUUUUGGAAGUGCCACCUCUUCUGCAUCUUCUGCAGCUUCUGCAUCUUCUACUGCAUCUUCUGACGCAUCUUCCACCGUCUCGUCUACUGCCUCGUCUACUGAAACUGAAGAAGUUUCAUCUACUGAGGCCACCAGCGUGACUUCUUCUACUGAGAUUUCUUCUGCAGAGCCUUCCUCUACCGAGAUCUCUUCUUCUUCUGUUUCAUCUUCCGAGAGUUCCUCCUCGGUCUCUUCGACUGAAACCUCUACUAUUUCUUCGACCGAGAGUUCGACCUUAGUAUCUUCUACUGAAAUUUCAGCCUCGGUUUCUUCUACUGAAUCCUCCACCUCGGUCUCUUCGACCUCAGUCCCCGUUGCUGCUCCAACCACUUCCGCUGCGUCGUCUCCAACUGUGACCGAAGUCGCUACCACACCAGUCGAUGCUGAGGUUGUUGUUUCGACCCCAGCUUCCGCUACAUCAAUUGCUACAGCUUCCCCACUCACAACACUCAGCACCGUUUACAUAUCAUCUUCCUCGUCCACCACCACGGCAAGCACUGCUGCUGCCACUAGCACAGGAGCUUCCUACACAGACUGCUCUGGUCUGUCUGGUCUUGCUGAGGCCAAAUGUUUGAACGAGAAUUUUGAUGCCGGUCUUUUCCUCGGUUCGGCUGACUCGUGCACCACUGAAGGUGAUUUAGCAUGUACUGCGGAUGGAAACUUCGCUAUUUGCAACUUUGGCAAAUGGGUCGUCAUGGGAUGUCCUGUCACGACCAGCUGUUACGCCUACACUCAAGGCUCUGAGGUGGAUAUCGGUUGCAACUAUGCUAACCAGAAGAACUCUUUUGUGAAAAGGAGUUCUAUUUUUGACAUCUUCAAGGCUUAG